GCCCACGCGAGGUCCAGAUCCCACACAUGGUGCGCUCGGAGCGCCGCCGCUGCGUGCAUGGGAUGCUUCUACUCGGGAUUGUGGAGGACGGAGGAGAACAUGGGAGGGAAGAGGAAGAACAGCGGGCAGGUGCAAGUGAGAAAUAGAAAUGGAGGCUCCCUGCUGGCACCUGACUUUUCUACUGCCCAAAGGCAAAGGCUCGCCUCGCCUCCCCAGAUGCCCGUCGGCUCCCGACGGAGCCCCCCGCCGCCGCACCUCCGCCGCGCCAUGCCCCCCGCCUCCUUCUCCGUCUCUGCCACCACCGCCAUCCCGCCCCCGCCCCCGCUGCUCGCUCCCUUUUUCGAGUCGACUGGCCUUUACCACAGGUCUUCUGUUCGCAAGGUUGAGCUUCGAACUGGAAAAGUUUUGGAUCACCACCAAAUGGAUGGGAAUUUGUUUGGAGAAGGUCUAACUCUUUUCGGCAACAGAUUGUUUCAAGUUACCUGCCUGAAGAAUGACGGGUUUAUAUAUGAUCGACACAACUUCAGCAAAUGCGAGAGUUUUACCCAUAAAAUGCGUGAUGGUUGGGGUCUGGCGACUGAUAGAAAAGUUCCUUUUGGCAGUGAUGGUACUUCAAAGUUGUAUCAGCUGGAUCCAAAGUCAUUUGAAGUCAUGAAAAUGGUGACUGUCAAAUAUCAAGAUAAUGAAGUCCCAUAUCUUAAUGAGCUGGAGUAUAUCGAUGGUGAAGUGUGGGCAAAUGUCUGGCAGACAGAUCGCAUAGCCAGAGUGUCCCCUGAAGACGGCCUAGUGGUGGGCUGGAUCUUUCUUCAUGAGCUGAGGCGGCACUUGUGGAAUUCUGGCAAUACGAAUAUUGAUGUCCUAAAUGGAAUAGCUUGGGAUGAAGAAAAUCACAGAUUAUUCUUGACAGAAAAAUUGUGGCCAAAGCUUUAUGAGAUUAAGCUACGGCCGGUAGAUGGUCCAGCAGAUGGAUCUGUAGAAAUGUUAUGCCCAAAAGCAAGCCUUUAUCGCUGA